GUCGAUCACGUUUGGCGUAGGACGGUCCAGUAACAGAGGCGUCGCGAGCUCCUGGAUUGGACUGCGCAAAACCACGGUCCGGAUUUGUCCCUGACGUCAUCACGGGUAGCAAUAGAAGUGGUCCUUGACAGGACGUCGAACAAGACCAUCGAAAUCACACAGCAGUGAAUUGAAACGGGAAGAAUAUGCUGAGUUCUUGGCAAUUGAGUAUCACAGAGCGCUAAAAAAUACAAGGGACUCGCUUUACUUGCUCUUUAAGAACCCGACACGCAAAGAAGAUGCGAUACCGUCACACAAUAGAACCGCUCCGGUGUUAAAGGGACUCGCUCUCGGUUGGUCGUCCUCCGCACAGCGUCUCGGUCUGCAGCGUUCAACCGGGAGACAUAAGCGGUCACAGAACCAACUAAUCCCCGCAACGGUCACAACACUGGGCGCCCCAUUACGAGGCCUUGGACCGGAGGGAAAUGGCAAUGGCAGCAAGAACUGGACUACAUACUAGAAAUUAAGUCGGUCGUUUAAUAUCGUGGAUAUUGAGUGUUAUGCUAAAUACGUUUAUUUUGAAUUCAACUGGAAAUGGGAGCUUUUAUAAGCAGACAGAACAUAGGCGUGGAAGAAGUGGACAUCCCGUCCAAUUCGGUGUACCGUUAUCCGCCGAAAUCGGGAAGUUACUUUGCCAGUCAUUUCAUCAUGGGAGGAGAGAAGUUUGACUCCACCCACCCAGAAGGUUACCUGUUUGGGGAGAACACCGACCUUAACUUCCUGGGAAUCAGACCUGUGGCGUUCCCGUAUGCGGCCCCCCCACCUCAGGAACCAGUGAAGACGCUGAGAAGCCUUAUAAACAUCCGGAAGGACACACUGCGGCUCGUAAGGUGUAGCGAGGACCUGAAGUUGCCGGGUGAGGAUGAGGAGGCGGUGAAGAACAGGGCUUGCUAUAACAUCGAGUUCACGUUUGACGCUGACACACAGGUGGCCAUCACCAUCUACUACCAAGCGAUGGAAGAGUUCCACAGCGGGGUGCCAAUCUACCUUCCUCAGGACAGCUCCCUGCAGUCGGAGACGGUGCACUUCAAGAGGGGAGUCAGCCAGCAGUUUUGCCUGCCGUCCCACUCGGUCAACCUCAGCGAAUGGGCUGAGGAGGAGCUGCUGUUUGACAUGGACAAGGAGGUCUUCCCCAUGGUGGUGCAGGCUGUGGUGGACGAGGGCGAAGAACAUAUGGGCCACUCCCACGUGUUGCUGGCAACUUUUGAGAAGCACAUUGACGGAAGCUUCUGUGUGAAACCGCUGAAGCAGAAACAAGUGGUGGACGGGGUCAGCUACCUGCUCCAGGAGAUCUAUGGCAUUGAGAACAAGUACAACAGCCAGGAAUCAAAGGUGGUGGACGACGAGAUCAGCGACAACAGCGCCGAGUGCGUGGUGUGUCUGUCGGACAUCCGCGACACGCUCAUCCUGCCCUGCCGCCACCUGUGUCUGUGCAACGCCUGCGCCGACACGCUGCGCUACCAGGCCAACUGCUGCCCCAUCUGCCGGCUGCCGUUCCGGGCGCUGCUGCAGAUCCGCGCCAUGAGGAAGAAGCUGAGCCCGCUGUCCCCCGGCAGCUUCAACCCCGUCAUCACCUCCCAGACCUCCGACUCAGAGGACAACUCGGCGAUGGAGCACAUCCCCCCGGGUUACGAGGCGGUGUCCCUGCUGGAGGCCCUCAACGGGCCCCUGAGCACGUCGCCGGCGGCCCCCCCGCUCCACUCGGGCCCCAGCCACAUCACCGGGGCCCUGCCCCCCUACAGCGGCGAGAGCCACCCGGCCCCGCCACGCUCCCCCUCCCCGCUGGACCCCUCCAAUUCCAGCCAGGGCGGGAAGCUCAAGAAGAGCGGCUCCAAGUCCCUUUCCCAGAAUUCCUCUGUGCUCCAAGAGGAGGAGGACGAGAAGUCUUGCAGUGAGUCUGAGGCCCAGGCGUGCCGUCGCAAGCUGCCCGUGGACCCGCCAGAGUGCGGUGUGACGCCAGACAGUGAGAACCUGACUCUGUCGUCUUCCGGAGCCAUCGACCAAUCGUCCUGCGCCGGCACGCCCCUGUCCUCCACCAUCACGUCCCCUGAAGACCCGGUGAGCAGCAGCUUGGCCCAGUCGGUGAUGUCCAUGGCCUCGUCCCACUCGCAGCACUCCCACAUCAGCACUGACACCAUGUCCUCCAUGUCAGGGUCCUACCUGGCGGGGGGCGAGGGGGAGCCCCCCCGCGGGGCCGGGGACGGGGGCUACGCCGCGGGGGACAACCACCCGGACACCCCCAUGAGGAGCCGGGGACCCUCCCAGCAGGACGGGGGUCUUUCCAUGGAGCCAAAGGAACCAAAGUACUCUGUGUCACUGGAGGAGCAGGACUCGGAGGGCAACGACGUCACGGAAGAGGACAGCCCGUCGCCGUCUCAAGAAAAGGGUGGGCGGAGCAGGUGUCCAGAGUUGGCCAAUAACAAUCAGGGCGACGCCCUCUGUGACACGCCCUCUUUUGGGUUGGAUAAUGAGCAGGCUUCCGACAGCCGAUUCGCUGGUGAGUGGCCACCUACCGAACACGGACCAAUGAGACCUGAGGACUGGGGGAUGGGACUGGGGAGCUUCAGGGAGUCGGACGGACGGACGGACGGGGGGGCGCUGAGAGAGGAGAGACUUUGGUCAGGACAUGGGGGAGUGACACAGAAAGGGUCUUCGGUUGAACGGCGUCCAAGGAGAAAGCACUGCAAAGAUUAACAUUUUAGCUUGCUAGGUUUUUUUUUUUGACAUGCCUGUCAAGG